AUGGCUAUAACGAUCAGGCUUGCGACAAUCGCCGAUGUUCAAGGUAUGCAAAAUGCCAAUUUGCACAAUUUACCAGAAAAUUACCAAUUGAAAUAUUACAUGUAUCACAUAUUAUCAUGGCCAGAAGCAAGUUAUGUUGCCACUACAACUGAUGGUCCAUCAAACGGAGAAGAAGAUCAAAAUUCAUAUACAAAAGAUGUCAAAGGUGAUCCAAGUUAUGUGAAUAAAAAUGAAAAAAUUGUCGGUUAUGUGUUGGCAAAGAUGGAAGAUGAUCCAGAUGCUGAAGACAAAACACCACAUGGUCAUGUUACCUCAUUAUCAGUUAUGAGAACAUAUAGAAGACAAGGUAUUGCUGAAAAAUUAAUGAGACAAGCAUUAUAUUCUUUAACAGAAACUUUCAAAGCUGAAUAUGUUAGUUUACAUGUCAGAAAAUCAAAUAGAGCUGCAUUACAUUUAUAUAGAGAUACUUUACAAUUUGAAGUGUUGAGUAUUGAAAAGAGUUAUUAUGCUGAUGGUGAAGAUGCUUAUUCUAUGAAGAAAGUUUUAAAAUUGGAUGAAUUACUACCAAGUACAUUUCAAAAAUCAGAAUUUGUGGAUGAUUUGGAGACUGAUCUACUAGAAGGUAUAGAAGAUGAAUAA